GCUGAGAGCCCGGGCCCGGCAGCUCCGGCCCUGCUCCGGUGUGUUUGUGCGUCUAUGUCCCCAGGUCCCCGCAGGCGCGCGGGCGCGGCCACCGCAAGCAGCCCGGCCUGUGCCCAGCGCGACUGUAGAUGUCAGGCUUUGCCCGGGGAGCCGAGAGGCUGCGGGGCUGUGAGUUUCAAAUUAACCUUCCGCUUUGUUGCUGUGUAAUGUGGAUCCCCGAAGGCCCCCCGCCCCGCCCGCCCCCCUUCCUCGGGCGGUGCGCGCUGCAAACUGCGAGUUGAGCUUCAUUUACAUAAAGCGAUUCCGGGCGGGCGGGCGGGCGAGCAGGCGGCGCAGGAGGAGGAGAGAGGCGGGCAGGCCGGGACGGGGACCGGGACGCAGCGCCGCGCCCCGUGGGUGAAUCCCCGCCGCGCCUGGGGGACCUCCCUCCCCGGGCAGCCCGCAGAUCGCCAGCCCCGGGCCGCCACCAUGCGCGCCCCGCCCCUGCCGCCAGGCCCCUCGCUCCUAGCCUGCGCCACCACCGAGCCCGGGGGGCAGCGGGAGGUGGGGAGAAUGCCGCCUGGGGUGGGUAAGUUCGGGGCUCCGCUGCCACUGGAAUCUCCCGUUGUCGCGCUGGCCGGCGUGGUGGCCCCCGGACCUCCGAGUGCCUCCUUCCUCCCGAGGUGUACGGAGGCUUUGUGUGCCAGGUCCGAUCCGUACUGGGUGCAAUGAAAGCUCCACGCAGGCCUUACCAUGGAAGGCUGUGACUUGCCCGUCGUCUCGGGGAAGGACAAUGGGUGCGGCAUCCCUCAGCACCGGCAAUGGACUGAACUCAACAGCACCCACCUCCCCGACAAACCCAGUAGCAUGGAGCAGCCCACAGGCGAGAGCCAUGGGCCCCUGGACAGCCUGAGGGCCCCCUUCAAUGAGCGCCUGGCGGACAGCAGCACCUCCGCUGGGCCACCAGCCGAGCCUGCCAGCAAGGAGGUCAGCUGCAACGAGUGCUCAGCCUCCUUUUCCAGCCUCCAGACCUACAUGGAGCACCACUGCCCUGGCACGCAUCCCCCGCCGCAGGCCCUGCGAGAGGAGAGCGCCAGCGACACCAGCGAGGAGGGCGAGGAGGAGAGCGAUGUGGAGAACCUGGCCGGGGAAAUCGUCUACCAGCCAGAUGGCUCCGCAUACAUUGUUGAGAGCCUGAGCCAGCUGGCCCAGAGCGGGGCCACGUGUGGCAGCAGCAGCAGCAGCAGUGGCAGCGGGGCCGUCCCCUCGCUCUUCCUGAACUCUCUCCCUGGGGUGGGGGGGAAACAAGGGGACCCUUCGUGUGCUGCCCCCGUGUAUCCCCAGAUCAUCAACACCUUCCACAUAGCCUCAUCCUUCGGGAAAUGGUUUGAGGGCUCAGACCAGGCCUUCCCGAAUACCUCAGCCCUGGCGGGGCUCAGCCCCGUCCUGCACAGCUUCCGCGUUUUUGACGUGCGACACAAAAGCAACAAGGAUUACCUGAACAGUGAUGGUUCUGCCAAAAGCUCCUGUGUAUCCAAAGAUGUUCCCAACAAUGUGGACCUGUCCAAAUUCGAUGGCUUUGUGCUCUACGGCAAGAGGAAACCCAUUCUGAUGUGUUUCUUGUGCAAACUCUCCUUUGGGUAUGUCCGUUCGUUUGUGACCCACGCGGUGCAUGACCAUCGAAUGACCCUGAGUGAAGAGGAGCGGAAACUUCUUAGCAAUAAGAACAUCUCCGCUAUCAUCCAAGGGAUUGGCAAAGACAAGGAACCCCUUGUAAGUUUUCUGGAACCAAAAAACAAAAACUUUCAGCACCCUUUAGUUUCCACAGCUAACCUCAUAGGCCCCGGACACAGUUUUUACGGUAAAUUUAGUGGCAUUCGCAUGGAGGGGGAGGAGGCCCUCCCAGCCGUAGCUGCUGCUGGCCCUGAGCAGCCCCAGGCUGGUCUCUUGACCCCCAGCACCCUCUUGAACCUUGGCGGGCUCACCAGCUCGGUCCUGAAGACCCCCAUUACCUCAGUCCCCCUGGGGCCUCUGGCUUCUAGUCCUACCAAAUCCUCAGAGGGCAAGGACUCUGGGGCAGCUGAAGGAAAUAAGCAAGAAGUGGGGGAUCAGGACUGCUUCUCCGAGAAAGUAGAGCCAGCCGAGGAAGAGGAGGCAGAAGAGGAGGAAGAGGAGGAGGAAGAGGCGGAGGAGGAGGAGGAAGAGGAGGAGGAAGAGGAAGAAGAGGAGGAGGAGGGCUGCAAAGGACUCUUUCCAAAUGAGCUGGAGGAGGAACUGGAGGACAGGCCCCCCGAGGAGUCUGGGGCCCCGGCAGCUGGUAGCAGCAAAAAGGACCUUGCUCUCUCAAACCAAAGCAUUUCUAACUCCCCCUUAAUGCCUAAUGUGCUCCAGACCCUGUCGAGGGGCACAGCUUCUACUGCUUCUAACUCUGCUUCUAACUUUGUUGUCUUUGAUGGUGCGAACCGGAGGGGUCGUUUAAGCUUUAACAGUGAGGGCGUCAGGGCCAACGUGGCAGAGGGCAGGAGGCUGGACUUCGCUGACGAAAGUGCCAAUAAAGACAGUGCCACAGCACCAGAACCAAAUGAAAGCACAGAGGGGGACGAUGGGGGCUUUGUCCCUCAUCACCAGCACGCUGGCUCCCUCUGCGAGCUUGGGGUCGGGGAGUGCCCCUCAGGUAGCGGUGUGGAGUGCCCCAAAUGUGACACGGUCCUGGGCUCCUCACGCUCGCUGGGUGGCCACAUGACCAUGAUGCAUUCUCGCAACUCGUGUAAGACGCUCAAGUGCCCCAAGUGCAACUGGCACUAUAAGUACCAGCAGACACUGGAGGCACACAUGAAGGAGAAGCACCCGGAGCCGGGUGGCUCCUGCGUCUACUGCAAAAGCGGGCAGCCCCACCCGCGGUUGGCACGAGGCGAGAGCUACACGUGUGGUUACAAGCCUUUCCGCUGCGAGGUCUGUAACUACUCCACAACUACCAAAGGCAACCUCAGUAUUCAUAUGCAGUCUGACAAACAUCUCAACAACAUGCAGAACCUGCAGAACGGAGGGGGCGAGCAGGUCUUCAGCCACAGCGCUGGGGCUGCAGCCGCCGCCGCAGCUGCCGCGGCGGCGGCCGCCAACAUCGGUAGCUCCUGCGGUGCCCCCUCACCCACCAAACCAAAAACCAAACCCACGUGGCGGUGUGAGGUGUGCGAUUACGAGACCAACGUGGCCAGGAACCUCCGCAUUCACAUGACCAGUGAGAAACACAUGCACAACAUGAUGCUGCUUCAACAGAACAUGACACAGAUCCAGCACAACCGCCACCUGGGCCUCGGCAGCCUCCCCUCGCCCGCCGAGGCCGAGCUCUACCAGUACUACCUGGCCCAGAACAUGAACCUGCCCAACCUGAAGAUGGACAAUGCCGCUUCGGAUGCCCAGUUCAUGAUGAGUGGAUUCCAGCUGGAUCCUACAGGGCCCAUGGCCGCCAUGACGCCUGCUCUAGUGGGCGGUGAGAUCCCCCUAGACAUGCGGCUCGGGGGCGGGCAGCUGGUGUCAGAGGAGCUGAUGAACCUGGGCGAGAGUUUCAUCCAGACCAACGACCCAUCGCUGAAGCUCUUCCAGUGUGCAGUCUGCAACAAGUUCACGACGGACAACCUGGACAUGCUGGGGCUGCACAUGAACGUGGAACGCAGCCUCUCGGAGGAUGAGUGGAAGGCCGUGAUGGGGGACUCUUACCAGUGCAAACUCUGCCGCUACAACACGCAGCUCAAGGCCAACUUCCAGCUGCACUGCAAGACGGACAAGCACGUACAGAAGUACCAGCUGGUGGCCCACAUCAAGGAGGGUGGCAAAGCCAACGAGUGGAGGCUCAAGUGUGUGGCCAUUGGCAACCCUGUGCACCUGAAGUGCAACGCCUGUGACUACUACACCAAUAGCCUAGAGAAGCUUCGGCUGCACACAGUCAACUCCAGGCACGAGGCCAGCCUGAAGCUGUAUAAGCACCUACAGCAGCAUGAGAGUGGCGUGGAGGGCGAGAGCUGCUACUACCACUGUGUCCUGUGCAACUACUCCACCAAGGCCAAGCUCAACCUCAUCCAGCACGUGCGCUCCAUGAAGCACCAGCGCAGCGAGAGCCUGCGCAAGCUGCAGCGGCUGCAGAAGGGCCUCCCGGAGGAGGAUGAAGACCUGGGCCAGAUCUUCACCAUCCGCAGGUGCCCCUCCACUGACCCAGAGGAAGCUGUUGAAGAUGCCGAAGGACCCUGCGAAGCAUCUGCUGACCCAGAAGAGCUGGCCAAAGACCAGGGCAGCAGCGGCGGCGAGGAAGGGCAGAGCAAGCGGGCAGCAUCAUCCAGUCAGGCAGAGAAGGAGUUGACCGAUUCCCCUGCAGCUACCAAACGCACCUCCUUCCCAGGUAGCUCCGAGACUCCACUCGCUUCGAAGAGGCCAAAAGCAUCAGAGGAGAUCAAACCCGAGCAGAUGUACCAGUGUCCCUACUGCAAGUACAGCAACACUGAUGUGAACCGGCUGCGGGUACAUGCCAUGACACAGCACUCGGUGCAGCCUAUGCUCCGCUGUCCCCUGUGCCAAGACAUGCUCAACAACAAGAUCCACCUGCAGCUACACCUCACCCACCUCCACAGUGUGGCGCCUGACUGCGUGGAGAAGCUCAUUAUGACGGUGACCGCUCCUGAGAUGGUGAUGCCCAGCAGCAUGUUCCUCCCGGCCGCUGUUCCCGACCGAGAUGGGAACGCCACUAUGGAAGAGCCGGGAAAGCAGCCUGAAACUUCAGAGGACCUGGGAAAGAACAUCAUGCCACCUGCGAGCAUGGAGCACAGUGGGGAUCUCAAGCCCUCUUCUGCUGACCCCAGUUGUGUGAGAGAAGACUCGGGCUUCCUCUGCUGGAAGAAGGGCUGCAACCAGGUCUUCAAAACCUCCGCCACUCUGCAGACCCAUUUCAACGAGGUGCAUGCCAAGAGGCCCCAGCUUCCCGUGUCAGACCGCCACGUGUAUAAAUACCGCUGCAACCAGUGCAGCCUGGCUUUCAAGACCAUUGAAAAGCUGCAGCUCCACUCUCAGUACCACGUGAUCAGAGCCGCCACCAUGUGCUGCCUCUGUCAGCGCAGUUUCCGGACUUUCCAGGCUCUGAAAAAACACCUCGAAACGAGUCACCUGGAGUUGAGCGAGGCUGACAUCCAACAGCUUUAUGGGGGACUACUAGCCAACGGGGACCUCUUGGCAAUGGGAGACCCCACCCUGGCAGAAGACCAUACCAUCAUUGUUGAGGAAGACAAGGAGGAAGAGAGCGACCUAGAAGAUAAGCAGAGCCCGACAGGCAGCGACUCUGGGUCAGUACAGGAGGAUUCAGGCUCGGAGCCAAAGCGAGCUCUCCCUUUCCGGAAAGGGCCCAACUUCACUAUGGAGAAGUUUCUGGAUCCUUCCCGCCCUUACAAGUGUACCGUCUGCAAGGAAUCCUUCACUCAAAAGAACAUCCUGCUGGUGCACUACAACUCUGUGUCGCACCUGCACAAGUUAAAGAGAGCCCUUCAGGAAUCGGCCACCGGCCAGCCGGAGCCCACCAGCAGCCCCGACAACAAGCCGUUUAAGUGUAACACUUGCAAUGUGGCGUACAGCCAGAGUUCCACACUGGAGAUCCACAUGAGGUCUGUGCUGCACCAGACCAAGGCCCGGGCAGCCAAGCUGGAAGCUGCAAGUGGGAGCAGCAACGGAACUGGCGCCAGCGGCGGGAUGUCCCUCAGCUCCUCUACCCCAAGUCCCGUGGGCAGCAGCGGCGCUAACAACACCUUUACCACUGCCAAUCCAAGCAGUGCCGCUAUGGCUCCCGGUGUAAAUGCGCUGAGCCAGGUGCCCCCUGAGAGCGUGGUGAUACCUCCGCUGGGGAAUCCCAUCAGUGCCAACAUCGCUUCCCCUUCAGAGCCCAAAGAGGCCAACCGGAAGAAGUUAGCGGAUAUGAUUGCAUCCAGGCAGCAGCAGCAGCAGCAGCAGCAACAACAGCAGCAGCAGCAGCAGCAGCAAGCCCAGACACUCGCCCAGGCCCAGGCUCAAGUUCAGGCGCACCUGCAGCAGGAGUUGCAGCAGCAGGCCGCCUUGAUACAGUCUCAGCUGUUCAACCCCACGCUCCUUCCUCACUUUCCCAUGACCACAGAGACCUUGCUCCAACUGCAGCAGCAACAGCAUCUGCUCUUUCCCUUUUAUAUCCCCAGCGCAGAGUUCCAGCUCAACCCUGAGGUGAACCUGCCAGUAACCAGCGGGGCACUGACGCUGACAGGGUCAGGCCCGGGCCUGCUGGAAGAUCUGAAGGCUCAGGUCCAGAUCCCACAGCAGAGCCACCAGCAGAUACUGCAGCAGCAGCAACAACAACAGCAGAGUCAGCUCUCUCUUUCCCAGAGCCACUCAGCCCUCCUUCAGCCAAGCCAGCACCCGGAGAAGAAAAACAAAGUGGUCAUCAAAGAAAAGGAUAAGGAAAGCCAGAGAGAGAAGGAGGGGCCAGAGGGGGCAGAGGGUAACACGGGACCAAAGGAAUCACUGCCAGAUGCCUUGAAGGCCAAAGAGAAGAAAGAGUUGGCACCAGGGGGUGGUUCUGAGGGCUCCAUGCUUCCUCCACGUAUCGCUUCAGAUGCCAGGGGGAACGCCACCAAGGCCUUGCUGGAGAACUUUGGCUUUGAGCUGGUCAUUCAGUACAAUGAGAACAAGCAGAAGGCACAGAAGAAGAACGGGAAGACGGAGCAAGGCAGCGGCGGCGGCGAAAGCCUGGAGAAGCUGGAGUGCGACUCGUGCGGCAAGCUCUUCUCCAACAUCUUGAUUUUAAAGAGCCAUCAAGAGCACGUGCAUCAGAACUACUUCCCCUUCAAACAGCUGGAGAGGUUUGCCAAGCAAUACAGAGAGCACUACGAUAAACUGUACCCCCUGAGGCCCCAGACCCCGGAGCCACCCCCACCCCCUCCACCACCUCCCCCGCCUCCGCUUCCUGCGGCACCCCCCCAGCCAGCUUCCACGCCUGCCAUCCCCGCAUCAGCUCCGCCCAUCACGUCGCCUACCAUCGCCCCCGCCCAGCCCUCCGUGCCUCUCACCCAGCUCUCCAUGCCAAUGGAGCUGCCCAUCUUCUCGCCACUGAUGAUGCAGACGAUGCCGCUGCAGACUCUGCCAGCUCAGCUGCCCCCUCAGCUCGGCCCCGUGGAGCCGCUGCCUGCCGACCUGGCCCAGCUGUACCAACACCAGCUCAACCCCACCCUGCUCCAGCAACAGAACAAGAGGCCUCGCACCAGGAUCACGGACGACCAGCUCCGAGUGCUUCGGCAGUACUUCGACAUUAACAACUCACCCAGUGAGGAGCAGAUCAAAGAGAUGGCAGACAAGUCGGGCCUGCCCCAGAAAGUGAUCAAGCACUGGUUCAGAAACACUCUGUUCAAGGAGCGGCAACGGAACAAGGACUCCCCGUACAACUUCAGCAACCCUCCCAUCACCAGUCUGGAGGAACUCAAGAUCGACUCCCGGCCCCCUUCCCCAGAACCCCAGAAGCAGGAGUACUGGGGAAGCAAGCGGUCCUCGAGAACAAGGUUUACCGACUACCAGCUCCGAGUCCUGCAGGACUUCUUUGACGCCAACGCCUAUCCAAAGGACGAUGAAUUCGAGCAGCUUUCUAACUUACUGAACCUUCCAACCCGUGUCAUAGUGGUGUGGUUUCAAAACGCCCGGCAAAAGGCCAGGAAGAAUUACGAGAAUCAGGGAGAGGGCAAAGAUGGAGAGCGGCGUGAGCUUACCAACGAUAGGUACAUUCGAACAAGCAACUUGAAUUACCAGUGCAAAAAGUGCAGCCUCGUGUUUCAGCGCAUCUUUGACCUCAUCAAACACCAGAAGAAGUUGUGCUACAAGGACGAGGAUGAGGAGGGGCAGGAUGACAGCCAAAACGAGGACUCCAUGGAUGCCAUGGAGAUCCUCACCCCUACCAGCUCCUCUUGCAGCACCCCUAUGCCCUCACAGGCUUACAGCACCCCAGCACCGUCGGCCAGUACCGCACCCUCCGCCUUCUUGCAGCUCACAACGGAGACUGACGAACUAGCCACUUUCAACUCGAAAGCAGAGGCCAGCGAUGAGAAGCCAAAGCAGGCCGACCCUCCCAGUGUUCAGCCAAACCAAACCCAAGAGAAGCAAGGACAGCCAAAGCCAGAGGUGCCGCAGCAAGAGCCUCCGGAGCAGAAGACAAACGCGCCCCAGCCCAAGCUCCCACCGCUGGCUGCCCCUUCCUUACCGCAGCCUCCUCCGCAAGCGCCCCCUCCGCAGUGCCCCCUCCCCCAGUCAAGCCCCAGUCCCUCUCAGCUCUCCCAUCUGCCCCUCAAGCCCCUCCACACGUCAACCCCUCAACAGCUGGCAAACCUACCUCCUCAGCUAAUCCCCUACCAGUGUGACCAGUGCAAGCUGGCCUUCCCGUCCUUCGAACACUGGCAGGAGCACCAGCAGCUUCACUUCCUGAGCGCCCAGAACCAGUUCAUCCACCCCCAGUUUUUGGACAGGUCGUUGGAUAUGCCUUUCAUGUUGUUUGAUCCCAGUAACCCACUCCUGGCCAGUCAGCUGCUCUCGGGCGCCAUCCCUCAGAUCCCUGCGAGCUCAGCCACUUCCCCUUCAACGCCCACCUCCACCAUGAACACGCUCAAGAGGAAGCUGGAGGAAAAGGCCAGCGCGAGCCCCGGUGAGAACGACAGCGGGACGGGAGGAGAAGAGCCUCAGAGAGACAAGCGUUUGAGAACGACCAUUACCCCGGAGCAGCUGGAAAUUCUCUACCAGAAGUACCUGCUGGACUCCAACCCGACUCGAAAGAUGCUGGAUCACAUCGCGCACGAGGUGGGCUUGAAGAAGCGCGUGGUACAGGUGUGGUUUCAGAACACCCGAGCUCGGGAAAGGAAAGGUCAGUUCCGGGCUGUGGGCCCAGCGCAGGCCCACAGGAGAUGCCCUUUUUGCAGAGCACUCUUCAAGGCCAAGACAGCCCUCGAGGCUCAUAUCCGGUCUCGGCAUUGGCACGAAGCCAAGAGAGCCGGCUACAACCUGACUCUGUCUGCCAUGCUCUUAGACUGUGAUGGGGGACUCCAGAUGAAGGGAGACAUUUUUGACGGAACUAGCUUUUCCCACCUACCCCCGAGCAGUAGUGAUGGUCAGGGCGUGCCCCUCUCGCCUGUGAGCAAAACCAUGGAGCUGUCCCCCAGAACUCUUCUCAGCCCAUCCUCCAUCAAGGUGGAAGGGAUCGAAGACUUUGAAAGCCCCUCCAUGUCCUCGGUUAACCUGAACUUUGACCAAACUAAGCUGGACAACGAUGACUGUUCCUCCGUCAACACUGCAAUCACAGACACCACAACGGGGGAUGAGGGGAAUGCCGACAACGACAGCGCAACAGGAAUAGCGACUGAAACCAAAUCUUCUGCACCGAACGAGGGGUUGACCAAAGCAGCCAUGAUGGCGAUGUCCGAGUAUGAAGACCGGUUGUCGUCUGGUCUGGUCAGCCCAGCCCCGAGCUUCUAUAGCAAGGAAUAUGACAACGAAGGUACAGUGGACUACAGCGAAACCUCAAGCCUGGCAGACCCCUGCUCCCCAAGUCCCGGGGCAAGCGGGUCAGCCGGUAAAUCUGGUGACAGCGGGGAUCGACCUGGGCAGAAACGUUUUCGCACUCAAAUGACCAAUCUGCAGCUGAAGGUCCUCAAGUCAUGCUUUAAUGACUACAGGACACCCACCAUGCUAGAGUGUGAGGUCCUGGGCAAUGACAUUGGACUGCCAAAGAGAGUUGUUCAGGUCUGGUUCCAGAAUGCCCGGGCAAAAGAAAAGAAGUCUAAGUUAAGCAUGGCCAAGCAUUUUGGUAUAAACCAAACGAGUUACGAGGGACCCAAAACAGAGUGCACUUUGUGUGGCAUCAAGUACAGCGCAAGGCUGUCUGUACGUGACCAUAUCUUUUCCCAACAGCAUAUCUCCAAAGUUAAGGACACCAUCGGGAGCCAGCUGGACAAGGAGAAAGAAUAUUUUGACCCAGCCACUGUACGCCAGUUGAUGGCCCAGCAGGAGCUGGACCGGAUUAAGAAGGCUAAUGAGGUCCUUGGACUAGCAGCUCAACAGCAAGGGAUGUUUGACAACGCCCCUCUUCAGGCUCUUAACCUUCCUACCACGUAUCCAGCGCUCCAGGGCAUUCCUCCUGUGUUGCUCCCCGGUCUCAACAGCCCCUCUUUGCCAGGCUUUACCCCAUCCAACACAGCUUUAACGUCCCCUAAACCGAACCUGAUGGGUCUGCCCAGCACAACGGUACCUUCCCCCGGCCUCCCCACAUCUGGAUUACCAAAUAAACCGUCCUCAGCCUCGCUGAGUUCCCCGACCCCAGCACAAGCCACCAUGGCAAUGGCCCCUCAGCAACCCCCACAACCCCAGCAGCCGCAGCCACAGGUGCAGCAGCCUCCGCCGCCGCCAGCAGCCCAGCAGAUACCCACACCGCAGCUUCCCCUGCAACAGCAACGUAAGGACAAAGAUGGUGAGAAAGGAAAGGAGAAGGAAAAGGCACACAAAGGGAAAGGGGAACCCCUACCUGUCCCCAAGAAGGAGAAAGGAGAGGCCCCUACAGCGGCUACAGCGACCAUCUCAGCCCCACUGCCAACCAUGGAGUACGCAGUGGACCCUGCUCAGCUGCAGGCCCUGCAGGCGGCUUUGACUUCAGACCCCACAGCAUUACUCACGAGCCCGUUCCUUCCUUACUUCGUACCGGGCUUUUCUCCUUAUUAUGCCCCCCAGAUCCCUGGCGCCCUGCAGAGUGGGUACCUGCAGCCAAUGUAUGGCAUGGAAGGCCUGUUCCCCUACAGCCCUGCCCUAUCGCAGGCCCUGAUGGGGUUGUCUCCAGGCUCACUACUGCAGCAGUACCAGCAAUACCAGCAGAGUCUGCAGGAGGCGAUUCAGCAGCAGCAGCAGCAGCAGCAGCAGCAGCAGCAGCAGCAGCGGCAACUACAGCAACAACAGCAGCAGCAGCAGCAACAACAAAAAGUGCAGCAGCAGCAGCAGCAGCAGCAGCCCAAAGCAAGCCAAACCCCAGUCCCCCAGGGGCCUGCUUCCCCAGACAAAGACCCUGCCAAAGAAUCCCCCAAACCAGAAGAGCAGAAAAACGUCCCCCGUGAGGUGUCCCCCCUCCUGCCGAAACCCCCAGAAGAGCCAGAAGCAGAAAGCAAAAGUGCAAGUGCGGACUCCCUCUGUGACCCCUUCAUUGUUCCAAAGGUGCAGUACAAGUUGGUCUGCCGCAAGUGCCAGGCGGGCUUCGGCGACGAGGAGGCGGCGAGGAGCCACCUGAAGUCCCUCUGCUUCUUCGGCCAGUCUGUGGUGAACCUGCAAGAGAUGGUGCUUCAUGUCCCCACCGGCAGCGGUGGCGGAGGCGGUGGCGGCGGCAGCGGCGGCGGUGGCGGCUCGUACCACUGCCUGGCGUGCGAGAGCGCGCUCUGCGGGGAGGAAGCGCUGAGUCAGCAUCUCGAGUCGGCCUUGCACAAACACAGAACAAUCACGAGAGCAGCAAGAAACGCCAAAGAGCACCCUAGUUUAUUACCUCACUCUGCCUGCUUCCCCGAUCCUAGCACCGCAUCUACCUCGCAGUCUGCCGCUCACUCAAACGACAGCCCCCCUCCCCCGUCGGCCGCCCCGUCCUCGUCCGCUUCCCCCCACGCCUCCAGGAAGUCUUGGCCGCCAGUGGGCUCCCGGGCUUCGGCCGCGAAGCCCCCUUCUUUUCCUCCUCUCUCCUCAUCUUCAACGGUUACCUCAAGUUCAUGCAGCACCUCAGGGGUUCAGCCCUCGAUGCCAACAGACGACUAUUCGGAGGAGUCUGACACGGAUCUCAGCCAAAAGUCCGACGGACCGGCGAGCCCGGUGGAGGGUCCCAAAGACCCCAGCUGCCCCAAGGACAGUGGUCUGACCAGUGUAGGAACGGACACCUUCAGAUUGUAAGCUUUGAAGAUGAACAUUACAAAUGAAUUUAAAUAAAAAAAGAUUAAUAACAAACCAAUUUCAAAACUAGACUAACUGCAAUUCCAAAGCUUCUAACAAAAAAAAAAAAAAAAAAACAAAAACAAAAACACAAAAAAAAUCAAAAA